AUGCAGCAGGCCUGGCCCAAGGGGGCACUGACCAAAUCCAUUCCACAAGAUCCGGUUCCUGACCGUCAAGUUGGACGUCGGGUACAGAUGACAGACCGUUCACCGUUGUCUACCUCCGUUGAAGCUUUCACCCAGCCCACAAUUGUUGAUGCUUAUCAGAGCCUUGAUCUCCCCCAGAAAGCCCCUCCAGUCAGGAUCGGCGCCGAGACACAGACGGGCGACUGGCGCGAUGGAAUUUUUCCACGACCGAAUCCGCCUGUGGUUCCUCCACGGCCGACCGAGUCCAGUGACACCAGCACCAGCCUGUUCACGACUGCCACGCAGGCCGUCCUCCUGCAGAUUCAUGUCAAACUCCUUCCUAGUGCUUCGCUUCCCCCGCCUCUGACCCCACCAAAAACCCCUCCAGUCCUGCGCGACCACGUCAAAGACCGCCAACAACCACGUCGAGAAGUCAAGAGCCCUGCGAAGCUGAGAAGAGCCGCAUCGCACGUGAGACUCUCCUUCCUCUCCUUCACGAUUCGUCUCCACCCGCAAGAUCUGCGUGUAUUUGUGGGAAAUUUGUAA